AUCAAAACAUUUUAUUUACUUUUUUGCAAUGUUUUAUUUAAAAUAUGAGCGCCUUUAGAUCAAAUGCAGACAUAGAUUAUUAUCCUAAUAGACUGAAUCCCUCAAGUGUAGUUUAUAGUUCUUCUGUUUGUGCAUUGGCUACCGUAGGGAAUGCUUCUUUAUUUCCUUAUAUGUAAACUUACUGUUCAUCUCCUUUGAUGAAUCCAGAUGCAUGAGAUGAAGGCCUCUUCUCUUUCUCUCUGUCAUGGCAUGCAUUUCACUGUACCGAUAACCUGGCAUCUUGCCUGAGCAGGACAUAACUAUAAUAAUGAUAUAGUUAACACUCUCUAAUAAAUAACUACUGAAGUGAGUUGUUGGAUGCUCCUAGCUAGGGACUUUGUUUAGUUUGUUUUUGGAGAAUGGCAAUAUGUGGCAAUAUUGAUAACUCUAUUCUAAAUCAAUUUUAUAUCAUGUGUCUCUAUUCUUAAAGCUAAAUUUUGUAAAACUGACUGUUAUGCAUACUGGUGAAAAAAUAAAUGCACAAAAUAAAAUUUAUAAUAUUAUAAUGUAAAUAGUCUGCAGUUAUUUUCUAGUAUCUGCUAAGAAUUGGAUUAUUUUUAACAUUAAGUGUAGCUUCAAAGUGUAGUAACAAUUUCAUCCAUAGGAAAAGAAUUUAACAGGCAUCUCCUUGCAAAUCUAGAUAUGGGCAACUAUUGAAAUCUUCUUGACACGUGUUUGAUUUUCAUUUUCCCUAGAAUGUGUUACUUUGCUGAAACCAUAUUCAAAGGCUAGGAAGAUUGAUCCCCUGCAAGAUACACUUGAAGGUUAAGUAACUACAGAUCUCAGCUAAUCCUGAGUAAUCUGUGCUUACUAAAUGGCUGUUUGCAUUCCAGGCACACUAGUUUCUAAAUGCUUAGGAUUUGUUUCUACCUUUUGCUCAAAUAACCUCUAAAAGGAGCCAUGCGUCUGUUAGCAUGUCUGGGCAUGGUGCUUAGCUUUUUGGAAGAAGUGAGCUGUUCGUGUCCUUCACAGUGCACCUGCAGCUAUCACAGCAGCUCCGAUGGCGUCGGAUCAAGGUCAGUGCUGUGUAAUGACCUGGAUAUGACCGAGGUCCCUACGAACAUCCCCGUGGACACUGUGAAGCUUCGCAUAGAGAAGACCGUCGUCCGCGGCAUCCCCGCUGAGGCCUUCUACUACCUGGUGGAGCUCCAGUACCUCUGGGUGACCUACAAUUCCAUCGCCAGCCUUGAGGCCAGCAGCUUUUACAACCUCAGGCAUCUGCAUGAGCUGCGCCUGGAUGGGAAUGCUUUGGAUGCCUUCCCUUGGGCAUCUCUGCUGGACAUGCCCCGUCUAAGGACCCUGGAUUUGCACAAUAACAGAAUAACCAAUGUGCCAAACGAGGCAGUGAGGUACCUGAAGAACCUGGCCUACUUGGAUUUAUCAAGCAACGGACUAACCACACUGCCACCAGAAUUCCUGGAGAGCUGGCCCCACGUGCUUACAGCAUCACCCAGAAGCCUGGACCUUUCACCAAGAAGAAUUAUUCUAGGUCUGCAAGACAACCCUUGGUUCUGUGACUGUCACAUUUCCAAACUGAUCGAAAUGUCCAAAGUGGCUGACCCUUCCAUAGUACUCCUUGACACACUGAUGGUCUGCAGUGAGCCCGAGAGCCUGGCAGGGGUUUUAUUUCAGCGGGCCGUGUUGGAUCGGUGCCUGAAGCCAUCGGUGAUGGCCUCGGCCACCCAAAUCACGUCUGCUCUGGGCAGCAACGUCCUGCUGCGGUGUGAUGCCACAGGCUACCCCACCCCACAGCUCACGUGGACCAGACCUGACAGCGCACCAGUUAAUCACACAGUAAUUCAGGACUCUCCAGGGGAAGGAGUCAGAUGGUCCAUAAUAAGCCUGACAGGCAUUUCUUACAAGGAUGCUGGGGAUUACAAGUGCAAGGCCAAAAAUUUGGCUGGGAUGUCAGAAGCUGUGGUUACUGUGACAGUGGUUGGUGUUGUCACAACCACUGCAGCACCAGACACUGCUGAAAGAACUGGAGGUCACCCUCAGCGAGAAGUCCAGCUGGGAUCUAGAAGGUCCAUGUCCAUACCUGGUUCUCCACCAUCUCCCUGGCACUCUUCCUCCUCUUCUUUCUCCCCAUCUCCUGCAACUUUUCUUUCUACUUCCACUUCAUCUCCUUCUUCUGCUGCUUCCUUCCCCUUAUCUCCUUUCUUUUCCUCCACUCUUUCUUCAACUACAACUCUAAGUACUAGAAUUUCAACAAGCACCACUGUGGUCAGUCGACAGUCAUUCCAGCUCCAUUCAGAUGGGAAAAGAAAUUUAAAGGUGGGGAUGGGUGGAAGUAAGCUUCCCCCAGCUAGUGCAAGUAAAAAAGAUCUGGCAUUACUGGAUCAAACAAUGCCUAUGGAGACAAAUGCCACAGUCGAAAAUCUCAGAGCAGUCAGUGGGACCAAAGAGAGUGUGACCUUGACAUGGAACACUGUUAACAUCACGCAUAACCCUGAGGUGACUGUGUUGUAUUCCAAGCAUGGUGAAGAGGACCUGCUGCUGCUGAAUGCAGACUCCAGCAGCAACCAAAUAACCAUUGAAGGCUUGGAACCGGGUGGGCAAUACAUAGCAUGUGUCUCUCCAAAAGGAGUGCCUCCCCAGAAAGACCAGUGUAUCACUUUUUCUACUGACAGAGUUGAAGAAAGUCACUCUCCUGGGCCUGUCCUUAUUGCGGUGAGCGGUACUGCCUGUGUUGUUGUCUUGCCAUUGAUUUUUUUCCUGUUGUACAAAGUUUGCAAGCUGCAGUGUAAAUCAGAUUCCUUCUGGGACGAGGAUUUGGCAAAAGAGACUUAUAUCCAAUUUGAAACCCUGUCCCCAAGGUCUCAAAGUAUAGGGGAGCUUUGGACACGAAGGCACAGAGACGAUUCAGAAAAAUUGCUGCUUUGUUCUGGGUCAAAUGUGGAAUCCCAGAUGACUUUUAAAAGUGAGAGUACCAGACCAGAGUAUUAUUCCUAAGGUUUUAUAGCUCAGGCACACAAGAACGCACAAAAUUUCUUCCAAAAAAUGGAGACUCCGAGGGUACAUUUGACUCUUUGUUUAGAUAACUUUUAGACAGACUUUCACAUCCUCCAUAAAAAUCACAAAUGGAGUGAUUUUCAUUGUGUUUAAAAAACUACGAUCAGACCUCUGAACUGAAGGGACAAAUGAUCUUGAUUUUUGUUUUGUGGAAGAUGUGCAGAAAAAUAGUUUUUAGAGCAGUACUUAACAAGUUAGAAAUAUAUUUUAGGAUAAUGUUUUAGUUCUUAAAAAUAAAUUCAUGUGAAAAUAGUUGUAAAAGACUGAAGUCUGAAUUUUUAAAAGAUGGAUUUGGAGCAAAGAUUAGUAAGACCAGCUAAGCCUUGAUGUUCGUUCAUGUUCGAAGUGCCUUAUGGCAUUUGCUGUGGCCAUUGCCUAGUGGACGAGAGGGAGCAGUGCAGAAUUCUGUGUACCACUAUGCAUGACUACAUUAUAUAGUUGUAUCCAGUAUUUCCCUUGUCCCUAGAAAUAUAAUUAUUAGCAAAAAGUAGUUUAAAAAGAGGACAUGAUAAAUAGUAAGGCCAUUUAAAAAAUAGUAACUUGUACUCUAAUACAUUUGCUAACACCUUGUCCGGGUCUUUUAAGUGCUCAUUUUAAAAUCAUUUUACUAUUUUGAUAUUUACUCUUAUUUUCUCACUUCCUCUCUUUUUCUCCCCAGUCCUUUCUUCCUUUCCCCCCUUUUGCUUUGUCUGAAGACAUUCAGGUA